AUGUUAUCGAGAUCCCAAGCGCUAAGGGCGAGUCGGUCCCAACCCUACGGCCUCCUCCACACGACACAAUACAAUCCGACGCGAGCUGGCACCCAGCAACACCGAUACAGAGCUCCGAGUUUGACAGUCACAAGUUCCCGAUUGAGCUCGACUAUUUCGCGGAAAGCAUCGAAUUUGUCUCAGUCAUUACGACGCCCGGACUCGAAGUCUAUUGGAUCUGGAUCUGGAUUUGGACAACCGUUGAUUGGGCGAAGACAUGCCUCCGGCGGAACAGGAGAUGAGGCCGAAUCUUCACCGGAGCAGAGAAGCGAAAACCUGGAACACCAUCGAGUAGACGAAUUCCUGCACGGAGAUGCGAUCUCUGAUUUGGUCGAUAAAAUCAGCACAACCGAGGCUGAAAUCUUGGAACUGCUUGACGAUCUUGAUCUGACAGAUGCGUAUGCCGGGACAGCGAGAACCGAGACUCGAGAUGUUGAAGAAGUCGAAGAUAUUGAAGAUGACGACUUGAGGGAGGAGUUUGAUGACAUGGAGCCGGAAGAACGCGUCCGAUUGGCCAGACAACAGUUUGGGGAGAUUCUACCCGAGGGCUUUUUGAAUGAAGAGGAGACGCUACUGUAUACCCGCCUGUACGGCGAACCUAUUGUCCGCUCGGUGGGGGAAUUGAUCGAGAUGGAAGGAGAAGAAGAUGAAGAUUUGGGCCAGCUUCUUCGUGAUGACGGUCAAGGAGGGUGGGAGGAGGUUCCUCAUGACGAAGUUGCAACGGAGGAUGAGAUUCAGGUGGUAUAUGACAUGGAACGGGGUCCACCAAAGGUCGAAACCGCUACGAUGCGGCGAGCUCGAGAGGUGGCCGAGCAGCUGGGUGCCGAAAUUGACCUUGAGCCCUUCGAGGAUGGAGAGGACGACGAAUCCACGCCGCGCUUUCACCCACUAACAAUGCAAGCGAAAGCAUCUACCGAUCCAGCUACUAUUUACCCGCCUAAAGAUACCCUGACUGGACCUGUAUCUGUAAUCCUGAGCGAGUAUUCCAACAAGCAUAUUGCGGAAGCUGCUCACAAGUCUUUCGGAGGCCCAAUGCUUCCACACUCUACGAGAACACCACCAGCACACGCCCACGAGGCACAGUUACCUAUUGCUCUUGAGGCCAAACAGCGAUUUAUGUCUGAGAUGGAAGCCAAUGUGUUUCUAGCAGUCCUAUAUCCUGGGAUGUACGCUUCGGUUCUGAGCGUGUUGACCGAAGUUCGAAAGCGCUUGGGCACAGACUGGAUACGAUCCCUGAUAACUCAAGAAGGAGGUCCCAGUGUUCUCGACGCUAGUGCUGGAGGAGCUGGUAUACUGGCCUGGAGAGAUGUUCUCCGUGCCGAGUAUGAGGUUAUGGUCCCAGAUCACCCUCCGUCCGACCCUUAUCCAGUCGGCAGAUCAACCGUCUUGACAGGCUCAGACGCUCUUCGCCAUCGCGCUAGCCUCAUGCUGGAGAACACGACCUUCCUCCCGCGACUCCCCGACUACCUCCAUGUCCGCGCUGGACCCACCGCUCAUGACAAGCGAGCGCCCCAGCGGAAGCAAUUCGACAUCGUAAUUGCUCCCCAUACUCUUCUUGGCAUCGAAGAAGAUCACCAACGCAAAGCCUAUAUCGAGAACUUAUGGCAGUGCUUAAACCCAAAUGGUGGCGUCUUGAUCCUCUUGGAGAAGGGACACCAGAAAGGCUUUGAAGCGAUUGGUGGUGCUCGUCAGAUGCUACUCCAACGCUACAUCGCGAGCCCUGGGUCUACAGAGUACACUAAUUUCACUGAGUCGCCUGACGAUGCACCGAGAAUACCCAAGCAACCCGGAAUGAUCAUUGCCCCUUGCACCAAUCAUGAAAAAUGCCCUAUGUAUCAGGGCGAAGGCCCAGUAAAAGGCCGCAAAGACUUCUGCCACUUCGAACAGAGAUAUAUUCGCCCGUCUUUCCACCAGCGCAUUAUCAACGCUAAGGACCGAAAUCACGAGGAUUUGAAAUUCAGCUACCUCGCCGUCCAGCGUGGCGUCGACCUUCGCGAGACGGAGGGUAUCGUUCAGGGAGUCGAAGCCACGGACGCCGCGUUUGCGGGCUACGAAAACCUCAGCGAGCCAGUCAAAGCAUCUGACCCAGAAGCUGCCGAAGCAGCCACCACCCCGACACCAACAGAACAGCCGAAGUUCCACACGCUCUCCCUCCCACGCAUGGUCUACACACCAAUGAAGCGCCGCGGCCACGUCAUCUUCGACAUGUGCACACCAGCCGGCAAGAUCGAACGUUGGACCGUCCCGCGCUCAUUCAGCCGUCAGGCCUACAAAGAUGCCCGCAAAGCACGCUGGGGUGACCUCUGGGCUCUCGGCGCGAAGACUCGCAUCCCACGAAACCUGAGGAUCGGCACUAAGGACAGCGAAACCAAAAAGGAACGACUGGCGCGCCGCGCCGCUGAACGGGCGGAAAUGCAAGAAGCCGAGGAAUCCUUUGGUGAGGGUGGCACGAAGACGACUGCGCGAAAAGGAUCGCCGAUCCCGAAGACGCCGGAGAGGAAGAAGGGACAGCAUGUGCCGAGCUGGAAGAAACAUUCGCAUACGAAGAAGGUGAGGCAAGCAUCAGAGAAGUAUUCUAAGAGCUUUCUUUAG